AUCAGAUUAAUGUUAUGAUGGUUUUUCAAAUUAAUCCAUUAUCUCAGAGUGAAACUCCAGUCGUCCCCAGAAAAUCUUAGAUAUAGAAAGUGAUGCGACAGAAUGCACAGAUAGCAGCUGUUUAAAAUGUCAGAGCUGAUUGGUUCGUUUGUAGAAAGACAUAUUUUCAUAAAUGGAUGAUAAAAGCGGGAAUAAAGUAUCUCUUUGAUGUCUGAGCUGCUGUUCUGAGCGGCGCUUUGAAUGACCUUUGAUCUGCCGCUGUUUGGAAAAACUCUGAUUUGAGCGCGCGGCCUUUCGUUUGAACUUUUCAUAAUUCACCCCAAACUCGUUUUGUUGUGAUGACGCCACAUCCUGUUUUCCCACUUCCUCCCUAAACCGCUGGGGUUGUCCUGUACAUGCACGGCGCGCGCGCACGUGUGCGGUGCAGGCGCGUGCAGCUGCCCUCGCGCUCGGCUCUGACUGACUUUGAUGUGGACAGGCGGCCGCUGUGCUUUGACAGGAUGAAGAUGAGGGAGGAGGUGAAGAUAAUCAACAGAGGCCUGGAGGAUGAGAUGGAGGUGUGGGGGUACCAGCCCUGUCUGUGGAAGAGGAUCCUGGUGGCUGUGGGGGCCGUCUGCUCCUGUGGUCUCUUGCUGCUGCUGCUUUACUGGCUGCCUGAAUGGGGGGUCAAGAGCACGUGCACACCCACCUCGCUGAAGGAUGCACACACACUGCUGCUCCGGACGACGGACGAGUUCAAACAGUGGUUUCGAGCCAGAGUCCACGUGAUGCUGGCUAGAGGGAGGAAACCAUUUGAAGAUCCAGAUCUGCAACAGAAAACUCAUCAAGCCAAUGGAGACCAAAAGGUCUGUUCUGUGAAGGAGGAGGAUCAUGGGAAGUUUCUUUGUAGUGAGCCUGUUAAGGUCCACUUCUUCUCACACCACAGCGUGACAUACUACUGGAACGAUGAGAUGCAGAACUUUGAGUUUUAUCAAGGCCUGGAGGAUGUGAGGACAAGCUGUGCACAGAUCCACUCGUACCACAGCUCUGGGCUCUCUAAAUCGCUGCAGGACUUCAGGAGGGUUUUCUUCGGGGAGAACGAGAUUGCAGUGAGAGUGCCGUCUCUGUUCAAGCUUCUCAUUAAAGAGGUCCUCAACCCGUUCUAUGUCUUCCAGCUCUUCAGCGUCAUCCUGUGGAGUGUUGAAAGCUACUACUAUUAUGCUGCAGCCAUAGUUUUCAUGUCUGUCAUUUCAAUAGUUACCUCUCUGUACACCAUCAAAAAGCAAUAUGUGAUGCUGCAUGACAUGGUGGCCGCGCACAGUGUGCUCCGUGUUUCCGUGUGCAGAGGAAACAAAGACAUCGAGCAGGCCAUGUCGACUGAACUGGUUCCUGGUGAUGUCAUCGUUAUUCCAGCCAAUGGGAUGAUGAUGCCAUGCGACGCCAUUCUUUUCCAUGGGAACUGUGUUGUGAAUGAGAGCAUGCUGACAGGGGAGAGCGUCCCUGUCACCAAAACCAGUCUGCCCAGUUCAGGCCACGAGGCAGCCGAGAUUUACAACAUGGAGGAACACAAGCGCCACACCCUGUUCUGCGGCACGCACGUCAUCCAGACCCGCUUCUAUGCCGGGGAGGUGGUGAAGGCAGUGGUGGUCCGAACAGGUUUCUCCACAGAGAAAGGCCAGCUGGUGCGCUCCAUCCUCUACCCCAAACCCACAGACUUCAAGCUGUAUCGAGACGCUUACCUGUUCCUGCUGUGUCUGGUCGGGGUUGCGGGGAUCGGCUUCAUCUACACCAUCGUGCUCAGCAUUAUGAGCAAGGUUCCAGCCAAAACCAUCAUCAUCGAAUCUCUGGACAUCAUCACCAUCACCGUUCCCCCAGCCCUGCCCGCAGCCAUGACCGCUGGAAUCGUGUACGCACAGCGGCGCCUGAAGCGCGUCGGGAUCUUCUGCAUCAGUCCUCAAAGGAUCAACAUGUGCGGUCAGCUGAACCUGGUCUGCUUUGACAAGACUGGGACUCUAACCGAGGACGGGUUGGACCUGUGGGGUGUUCAGAGGGCUCAUGGGGGCAGCUUUGGUCCUCCUGAGUCUGAGGCUUCAGGGGAAGCUCUGCUGAAUUCUAGCUUUGUGGCCUGCAUGGCGACCUGCCACUCUCUGACCAAGAUCGACGGAGAACUUUCUGGAGACCCUUUAGACCUGAAGAUGUUUGCUGCAACUGGCUGGGUUCUAGAGGAGCCCACAGAGGAAGAGACUGCACUACACAACCAGCUGAUGCCGACAGUGGUCCGGCCUCCAAAGGCGAGCCUCACUGGAGUGGAUCAGAACAGUCCACCGGCCCGAGACGUGUCCUGUGAGCUCGGCAUCGUGCACCAGUUCCCCUUCUCCUCAGCCCUGCAGAGGAUGAGUGUGGUGGUCAGGAGGUUGGGCCAAAAGCACAUGGAUGCCUACCUGAAGGGGGCGCCGGAGGUUGUAGCCUCCCUCUGCAAAGUGCACUCAGUCCCACAGAGCUUCACAGAGACUCUGGAGAGCUACACCAGGCAGGGCUUCAGAGUCAUUGCUCUGGCACAUCGGCAACUGGAGUCCAAACUUUCUUGGCAUAAAGUCCAGAGCCUCAGCAGGGAUCUGAUUGAGACCAACAUGGACUUCCUGGGUCUGAUCAUCAUGCAGAACAAGAUCAAACCUGAGACUGCGGGGGUUUUGCAUGACCUGCAGCGUGCUAACAUCCGCACCCUGAUGGUCACAGGUGACAACAUGCUGACGGGCAUCUCUGUGGCUCGCGACUGCGGAAUGGUCCACGGACAUGAGCGGAUCAUCAUCGUCGAUGCUGCUCCUCCCAAAGAUUCUCAACCUGCCAGCAUCAGGUGGAAUUACACCGACAACCCCCCUCAGGAAGACAGAGAGAACCAGACCGCAGAGAUCGCCAUGGAGGAGGCGCCGUAUCACUUUGCUCUGAGCGGCAGAGCCUUCGCUGUCAUCAUGGAGUUCUUCCCUCAGCUGAUGCACAAGCUCGCCCUGAAGACCACAGUGUUUGCCCGCAUGGCUCCAGAGCAGAAGACUCAGCUGGUGGAAGUCCUGCAGAGCAUGGACUACAUAGUUGGGAUGUGUGGAGAUGGAGCCAACGACUGUGGAGCUCUGAAGAGAGCUCACAGCGGGAUCUCUCUGUCUGAGCUGGAAGCCUCCGUGGCUUCACCCUUCACCUCCUCCACCUCCAACAUUUCCUGUGUCCCCAACCUCAUCAGGGAGGGCCGAGCAGCUCUCAUCACAUCCUUCUGCGUCUUCAAGUUCAUGGCUCUGUACAGCAUCAUUCAGUACACCAGCGUCAUCCUGCUCUACUGGAUUCUCAGCAACUUGGGGGACUUCCAGUUCCUGUUCAUUGACGUCGUCAUCAUUCUCAUCGUCGCCUUCACGAUGAGCCUGAACCCGGCGUGGAAGGAGCUGGUGUGGCGUCGCCCCCCGUCCAGUCUGAUCUCGGGCCCGCUGCUCUGCUCCGUUCUGAUGCAGAUCCUCACCUGCCUGCUCUUCCAGGUCCUGGUGUUUACGCUGGUGCAGCAGCAGAGCUGGUACGAGAAGUGGACGCCGGAGUCAGACGCCUGUAACAUCAGUUUGUCUCAGAGCGUGAACACGACGACGAGCCCUCACGACCACAAGAACAUCAAGAACUACGAAAACACCUCGCUCUUCUACGUGUCCUCCUUCCAGUACUUGGUUGUGGCCAUAGUCUUCUCCAAAGGGAAGCCCUUCAGACAGCCCAGCUACAGGAACUGGCCGUUCAUGCUGUCCUGCGCUGCUCUCUACGCCUUUCUGCUCUUCAUCAUGCUGCACCCCAUCCCCGCCAUCGACCGCUUCCUGGAGAUUGUGUGUGUUCCUCGGGAGUGGAGACUCAUUCUGCUCGUCAUCGUGGUUGGAAAUGCUGCCGUCUCUCUUCUGAUGGAGAUUUUGAUCCUUGACGUCUGCUUGUGGAGGCUUGUUUUCAGAGGUGGUGGGGGCUCAUGCACCCCCACAGAGGCGCCCUCUGCUGACCCAGCACAGGAAGCCAACGACCGCUGGGCAUCGGCUCUCUUUUCCCGGCUUUUCCGUCAGAGGAACAAGCCCCCCAAGGGGCGCUACAGACAUCUGGCUCUGGAGCUGCAGGAAGAUGCGGACUGGCCUCCCAAAUCCUCCAUCGUCACGUAUGCCGGUGACUCCCCGCUGCAUACCUGUAACCACAGCACGAGCUGAGGAGCAGAGAAGACGUCUCCGUCUGACUCCUGUUUUACAUAAAAGAGCUGCAGACUUUCA